GUGAGUUUAACUGUGUAUGUUUUACAGUUCAGACACGAUGAACAGCUGUAGGAUGAUACUCUGCACCGGUGAUCGGAGCUCCGGGAUGAACGUCCUUCUCUCUGCGGUCCAAACACACCGCUGUGCGGGGACAGCAGCGUCCCUCAGCCAGAGCCAGACCACCGCCAACAAACACGCUUCAGGCCCGGACACAGGAGACAAACCCCGGCUAAGAGCAAUAGACCUGGCGCGGAAGGUCCAGCAGGAGAAGACGAAGCCACCGGCGGCCGAGCCUCCGGUGUCCGGUCAGCAGAGGAGGGUGACGGAGCUGAAGCAGUUCAGUCAGCAGCUACAAAAUGUGCAUCCAAACGUGCUGGCCAAACAUCUCCACAGAAGCGUGCUUUACCGGGACAAAGAUGUGGUUAUCAUCAACAAACCCUACGGUGUUCCUGUCAGAGAUGACUCUAGGGUCACAUCCAUCUCCUCGGUGCUUCCUGUCCUCUCCAAACUGAUGGAUGGCAUGAAGAUAAAGUCCAGCUCACAGCUGUUCCCCUGUCUGGGACUGGAAAAGGAGACAACAGGAGCUCUCCUGCUGGCGAGGAGUGAAGAAGCAGCGGAGCACAUCAUCAACCUCAACAGAAACAACCAAGUGCAGAGAAAGUACUGGGUCAUCACAGUCGGCGUACCAGUGCCAUCUGAAGGAGUGAUCGACAUUCCCAUCAUAGAGAAAGAGGUCACGGGCGCUCAGCCACACUACAAGAUGGCUUUAAGUCCCCUCUUCAAAAUGAACAAUGCGGGUGAUGGUUUAACUAAAGUCCGAGCCCAUCGGCAGGCCCAGCCUGCGAUGACCAGGUACAGGGUCCUGGACAGCAGCAGUGGCUGCAGCCUUGUGGAGCUCCAGCCAUUCACGGGAGCUAAGCACCAGAUGAGGGUCCAUAUGGCAUUUGCUCUGGCAUGCCCCAUCCUCGGUGACCACAAAUAUUCACACUGGAGCAAACUGGCACCUCAGAAAUUACCGGAACGUGUGUUGGGAAAGCUUGGACUGGAACAGACCAAGAUCCGAUAUCUUCCUCUUCAUUUGCACUCUCGACAGCUGACGCUUCCAGGACUCAGUCACGCAGACAUAAGUGUGUCCUGUCCGAUGCCGAAAUUCUUCACACAAACACUGAGCAAACUGCAUUUAUCUCUUCCUGAUACAACAGACCAAAAAUAAACGUGUCCAAAAGU